AUGCAGUUCUUCACCUCUGCCCUGGCCCUGGUGGCCCUCCUUUCGCCCGUCAUCGCCGCUCCCGUUCUCGAGGAGCGCGCCGCAACGACCUGUGGCUCCAACUCCUACACGGCCGCUCAAGUCAACUCGGCUUCGCAGAAAGCCUACUCCUACUACCAGGCCGGCACUGACGCCGACGACUACCCACACACGUACAACAACUACGAAGGUUUCAGCUUUCCCGUGAGCGGGCCUUACCUUGAAUUCCCAAUUCUGAAGAGCGGCGUGUACACUGGCGGUAGUCCCGGUGCGGACCGUGUUAUCAUCACCACUUCUGGCAAGCAAGCCGGCGCGAUUACUCACACCGGCGCCAGCGGAAACAACUUUGUUGGCUGCUCAGGAACGAGCUAG